AAGCGAAGCGCAUAAUCAUAGUAUUGCAAUCAAAGACAGGCACGGUGACAUAGUGAGGAGGGUCUACUUUCUUGAGAACUACAAUGAGUGCCGAGUCGUCAGUAACCAAGAGGCUAGAUGGUAAGGUGGCACUGAUAACUGGUGGCGCCAGUGGCCUAGGUGAGUGUACAGCCAGGCUGUUUGUCAAACAUGGGGCCAAGGUUCUGAUUGCAGAUAUUCAGGAUGAAUUGGGCAACUCCCUUUGCCAAGAGACUGGAACAGAAAACAUCAGCUAUGUCCACUGUGAUGUAACAUGCGAAUCUGAUGUCAAAAAUGCUGUAGAAUUGGCAGUUUCUAAGUAUGGAAAGCUUGAUAUCAUGUUCAACAAUGCUGGGAUUAUGGGUGACAAUGAAGUUAGAGUCACAGAUACCAGUACUGAGAACUUCAAGAGAGUAUUUGAUAUCAAUGUGUUAGGUGGAUUCUUGGGUGCCAAGCAUGCCGCCAGGUUCAUGGUUCCAGCCAAGAAAGGGUGCAUUCUCUUCACAUCAAGUCUUGCUUCAAAAAUUAGCUACGGCAACCCCCACUCAUACAAGGCAUCAAAGCAUGCUGUGGCAGGGUUGACUAAGAGCUUGGCCGUUGAGUUAGGUGAGCAUGGAAUUAGAGUUAAUUGCAUUUCACCUCACGCAACUGCCACCCCUUUGUUCCAAAAAACACUCGGGCUAUUCGACAAGAAGAAGGGAGAGGAGAUGAUUUCUGUUUCAGCAGUAUUGAAAGGGACCGUACUGGAGCCAGAGGAUUUUGCAAAUGCGGCCCUUUAUUUGGCUAGCGAUGAGGCCAAAUAUGUUAGUGGUGUCAACCUGGCAAUUGAUGGAGGGUAUAGCCUCAGCAAUCAAUCAUGGAAGUUGGGACUGUCAGUACUUUCACAAUAAACCUUCUUGUGUUAACAAAUCUCUAUUUUACGCUUUCAAUAAUGUUUUGAAAUAAGGAAAAUAAACUUAUCCAAAACUACAUAAUGUAAUAGAGGGUUUAUUGUAUUGCCGGGGUCUGAGUCUACUUCCAACUGUGAUCUGUGUUUUUCAUCAAUACAAUUUCUCUUUUUAUUUUGGUA